AUGGCUGACGAAGCUCCCCCGCCGCGGUCGACGGCGAUUAAGGGCAGGCUGCUCCACGACUAUCGCGCCUUCUUGUACUGUGGUGUCGCCUGCCUCGGUGGCUUUCAACUAGGUCUCGAUCUUGGAGCCGUUGCUGGUUUUCAAGCCAUGCCAGGAUUUCUAAUGAUCUUCGGCUUCCCAACGGACACUUCGGCGCUAGGUUGGGGCAUUGACCCGACUGUUCAGCAGCUCAUCAGCUCACUAAUGCUGGUGGGCUCGUUCGUAGCGUGUCUGGCGGUCGGGCCUAUGGGCAAAUACCUCAGCAGAAAGUGGGUUCUGUUCAUCGGCUGCUGCGUUAACCAUGUCAGCGUCAUCCUAAUGUUGGUGGCCAAGGACCCCGGGACGCUCUAUGCUGGUCGCAUAAUCAUCGGCAUAUCCGUGGGCAUUCUCGACGUCCUGCCCCAGCUCUACAUCCACGAGUCGGCCCCCGCGAACCAGCGAGGAAUGCUGUUGGGUGGCUUUAAUGUUUUUGUUAGUAUCGGCUUGCUCAUUGGAUCCAUCGUGGACAACUACACCUCGAAAAUCAUGAGCCCCAAAUCCUACCAGAUCCCUCUCGGCAUCUUCUUCAUUGUCCCGGUUAUAUUGUCAAUCGCUUUGCCUUUCAUGCCCGAAAGCCCAAGGUGGUUGAUUGAACACAACAGGACAUCUGAUGCACGAAAGGCCUUGACCAAGCUCCGGCAUAAGGAUACCAGCGCUCAGUUUCUCGAAGCGGAAUUACAAGAGAUGAUUGUCGCAUUCGAGACGGAGAAGUCACUGACUGGCAACGUGGCCUUGUUCGACUGCUUCCGCAGAACCAAUCUCCGCCGAACCUUGCUCUCGGUGGCCAUCAUGACCUGUCUCACCGGCUCGGGCGCCGUGUUCGUCCUUGUGUACGGCACCUAUUUCUUUGCCAUCGCGGGGCAGACCAACGCCUUCGAACAGAGUGUCGGUAUGACAGCUGCGGGCCUGGGCGCCACAAUCUUCUCCAUGUGGCUGAUCACUCGCAUUGGCCGACGAAGCAUCUUGAUGAUCGGGUUCGCAGCCCAGUCAGUCUGCAUGCUGAUAGUGGCCGCCGUCUUUCAGAAGCUGUCAACCAGUCCCAUUGGGGGUAGAGUCCUGGUCUCGUUCACCAUCAUAUACCUCUUCUUCUACAAUAUGUGCGUCGCACCCUACCUAUACCUCUGCGCAGGCGAGAUCCCGACACAGCGGCUACGUGGCUACACCCUGGGCAUAGCCAUUGGUGUCUCUUUCCUGUGGAAUUGGGUGGCGACCUUUACUGCGCCGUACUUUUUGAAUCCGAUGGAACUGAACUGGAGUGGUAAAUACGGAUACAUUUGGCUCGGGUCAAAUCUCGUCAUCCUGGUGUUUGUCUUCUUCUUCGUGCCCGAGACCAAGGACCGCACGCUUGAGGAGAUUGACGAAAUGUUCGAAGACAAAGUGAAGGCUCGCCAAUUCAAGCGCUACAACUGUGUUCGUGCGGAAAACGCACGUGCCGUUGCGAUGCAGGACGUCGAAAAUAAGCAGAGAGAGACAUCUGAGCAUGUGGAAUCUAUUUAA